AUGGGUUUCCGCAGUAUUAUCAGUAGAACAUCAUUUUCCAGAACCCAAGGAUCUACCAAGGGAUUUGACGUCCCUAAAGGCUAUCUCGCUGUCUAUGUUGGAGAAAAAAUGAGGCGGUUCGUGAUUCCAAUUUCAUACUUGAAUCAAUCAUUAUUUCAAGAAUUAUUAAAUGAAGCACAAGAAGAAUUUGGAUACAAUCAUCCAAUGGGUGGCCUCACAAUUCCAUGCAGUGAAGAUGAAUUCCUAAAUCUCACUUAUGGCUUGAGCGAAUUGUAG